AUGACUGAAGAAACAACAAAUCUUGCACCACCUGUAGAUAAUACAGUUGUACCACCAAUAACUGAAACACAACCAGUAACUGAUGAAAAUCUAAGAAGUCCAACAGAAGAUGCUAUACAAACUGAAAUUAAAUAUUCAAUGUUAAAUCCUGAAUUAAAACCUGUUCGUCGUAUUAUAGCUGAUGAUCUUGAAUGGAGUUUACGUAUUGUUCCAGCAUUAACUGAUUUAGCAUUAAAUUCUCUUGUAAAAAGUUUUGAUACAAAUCCAAAAUAUAAUGAAUUAUUAGAUAAACAUCGUAAUCAAUUAUUAAAAAGUUUACCAACACAUGUUCCACUUAAAGUUACAGCACCAUUAGUUGAAGAUGAAAAUUAUUGGCAAAAAUGUUGUAAAGAAAAAUGGCCUAUUUGUGAUAUAAAACAAUAUGAUAAUUCUUGGAAACGUUUUUAUUUUGAAAAACAUAUUGAAGAAAUUAUUGAAAAUUUUGUACCAUCUCAAACUGAUACGAAACAAUUAUUUGAAUAUGUUAAUCUCGGAGCACAAUAUGUUAAACGACUUGAUAUAAAACAACUUUUACCACCAGUUGAAAUGCAAGAUAAAAUUUUACAAAAUGAAGAUGAAUUUUUUGAUGAUGAUGAAGAUAAUGAUUUAAAUGAUGGUCGUGAUGCUGAACUUAAAAAACCAUUAUGUGAUCAUUUUGAUUUUACAGAACUUAUUAAACGUUUACCAAAUUUAGAAGAACUUCAUUUAGUUUAUGGUGUUAAAGGUUGUGGAAUGAAUUUUGAUUGGAAUAUGUUUGAAUUUACAAAAAAAGAUUGUCAAAUAUUAGCAAAAUCUGUACAACAAUGUAAAACAUUACGAGUUCUACAUUUACAUAGAAGUAAAGUUGAUGAUCUUAAAAUAAGAAUGUUAAUAAGAGAUGGUUUACUUGAUCAUCCAACAUUAGAAGAACUUAAUCUUGAACAUAAUCAAAUUAGUGAUCGUGGAUGUCGAGCUAUUGCUAAAUUACUUAAUGGACAUUCAAAAUUAUUUCGAUUGAAUUUAUGCAACAAUCUUAUUGGUCCACAAGGUGCACAAGCUAUUGCAUAUGGUGUCACAAAAUCAGCAACCAUUGAAUAUUUAAAUCUACGUUUAAAUCGUAUUGGUGAUGAAGGUGGUCAAGCUAUUUGUUUAGCAUUAUUAAUAAAUCAAUCAUUAUGUGAAUUAAAUUUAUCAUCAAAUAAUCUAUCCGAACCAACAGGAAAUAAAUUAGCUGAAAUACUUAAUCGAAAUAAAAGUUUAUUAAAAAUUGAUAUGAGUGCUAAUCGUUUAGGUGGUGAUAUUGGUAAAUCAUUACAAGAAGGUUUACAAGAUAAUAGUACAUUAUUAUAUUUUGAUUUACGUAUGACAGAAUGUGGACAAGAAUCGGAAUAUAUAAUUAAUCAAAAAUUAAAAGCCAAUCGAGAACAAGAUCGUUUAAUACGUAUACAGGAAAAGAACAGUCAUGAUACUAAAGGCCGAACAUAUUCACAUUUGUUUUGA